UUACGUGCCUAGGCGUCUUCUCGUGACGCCAUCGCGCAGCACGCUGACGCCGUUCGUCUGGACGUCACUGGUUACCGAAGCAACCAGGAACAAACGGAAGAAGCACCUGUGCUGGGCGACAUGGCUGAGGUCGAAGACACUUUGAAGAGAAUUCAGGGCAUUAAUGGUGUUAUUGGCACAAUCGUCGUUAACGCAGAAGGCAUUCCCAUCAAAACCACUCUAGACAACUCAACGACGGUGCAGUAUGCAGGACUGCUGCAUCAGCUGACUAUGAAAGCCCGGAGUACAGUCAGAGACAUCGACCCCCAGAACGACCUGACAUUUCUGCGUAUCAGGUCCAAGAAACACGAGAUCAUGGUGUCGACAGAUAAAGAAUACCUGUUGAUCGUCAUCCAGAACCCAGCUGAAUAGUGUCACGAUGCUGUGUUUCACACAGACACAUGAACCAAAUGCUAUUCUUUAAAGCAUGUACAUUUAUUCGUAUACGAAAUCAAACUUUUUGAAAUGCAUCAAAAGGUUUGAUUGUUCAGUGUGAUUGAUUGCAUGUAAAGUCAUCAAUAAAUAAGUGAAUUGUUUUUUUUAUUGUGUAGUAUGGGUCUUUAAGGCCUUUAGUUUUUAAGGUCAUUUUUAUGAAGUGCAAUUCAUAUAAUCUCCACAAGAUAGCAGGAGAUCAAACAGAUGCUUUGCAUUGCUGCUCAUUUGCUUCUGUGAAAAACUGCUGGUUUAAUGGGUUGUGACAACGGUGGUCUGGUUUAUUGUGCUCUUACUGUAGUAUUAAGAUAAUUGGGUUUGUAUGAAUGUCUUCUU